AUGUUAAAUUAUAAAUCUCAUGUAGUCCAACAACCACGCAACUCACAUAAAUCUGCCCCAGCGACAUCUAGUUCAGGUCAACAGACAAAAACAAAUCCUCCUGCCCCAUGCUGGCACUGCGGUGCAUGGCAUUUUGUUCGAUACUGUCCAUAUAAGCAACAUUGGUGUAGGAAACGUAAUGCGGUGGGUCAUAAAGAUGGUUUUUGUCAAAGAAAGAAGCCGAACAGCUCCAGAGGUACCAGAAAAAAUACGCCUAGAUCCAACACGAAUUCGUUGAGUCUAAUAGCAAGCUGUCAUAACUCAACCCCAGGUGAUAGGAAAAUUAUCACCCUUAAUAUUAAUGGGCACCCGCUUAGAUUGCAAAUAGACACCGCAUCUGAUGUAACAAUUCUCUCACGAAAAUAUUGGAUCAGAAUGGGAAGACCACGCAUGGUGCCAACAACACAAAAACCUCGAACUGCAUGCGGUAAUUACCUACGUUUGUUGGGACAACUAGAUUGUAAAGUGUCUUUUCACGAUUCGACAUUUACCGGGGUAUGUUACAUCACACCAGCUGAUCUUAAUCUACUUGGGUUAGACUGGUUUGACCGGCUACAUUUAGCUGACGUUCCUUUAAGCACCGUAUGUCAUCUGGUGGAACAACCUUAUGAACCUGAAGCAUAUUCGAAGGAACUAAUGACGGAGUUUUCAACCAUUUUCCAACCUGUAUUGGGUCAGUGCACUGCUAUGAAAGCAACACUUCGGUUGAAACCUGGAGCUAAACCUGUCUUCCAUCCAAAGAGACCAGUGUCGUACGCAGCAUUAUCGAAAGUUGACGAAUAA